AUGGACUCCGCUCCCUCUCUUCUGCCAGUGUCGUCCGACGGCUACGACUCGCUGGCUCCAGCCACCCCGAAACCAGCAUUGCUCAGUCCCAUCACCACGCUGCUGACGGAUACAACCCCGUUAAGCGAUGACUUCGCCCUCUACGACCUGGAUCAGGCGUCCCAUCUCAGUCUUAGCGACGCCCGCCAGGCCAGCCCCACCCGCAAACGAGUGAAGAAAAAGGAAGGCAGCCCCACUCUGAAGAAGAAGCUGUCUCGACGCAAACUGCAGGCGCUGCAGCCAGGGCUGGGGUACUCGCUGGUGCCGGCGGCGGGCAAAAUCUUCCGCAAUCUCCUCAUCCUCGAAGAACUGUUGCGGGGACAAGUGGUAGAACAACGGGCGUUACGGAGGAAAUACCUCACGUUUCUUGCCGUGUUGUGCCUGCUUAUCGCCGGGAUCUCACACCAUUUAUACUUUAUCGACCCCGAAAUGUCGUCUAAGGGUACCAUGCGUGUCAUUCUCCAAUUCAUCCUUAUUGCGUUGAUGGUGACGUUGCUCUUAUACCACUUACUGGGGGAAUACCAGAAGACGAUUGUGCUUCCACGAAAGUUCUUGUCAAGCACUAAUAAAGGGUUGCGACAACUUAACGUCAGGCUUAUGAAAAUCAAAACCUCAUGGCUGGACGAAGUGCCCGACUUGUUGCGCGAGGUACUGUUGGUGUUCAUCACCUACUGCCUCAACACGUUGCACUUUGUCUCCCCCAAAAGCAAAAACAAUCGGCAUCUGAAGCUUGAAGUGUUUUUAGUGACAUGCCAACUGCAAUGCCAGCCCCGCAUCGGCGUCACCGACGUCAAGUUGGUCCUCAAUGCGCGGGUGUUCAACACUGAUAUUCGCGAGGGAUGGGAAGUCUAUCGCAAUGAGUUCUGGAUCAAGGAAGGCAUACGCCGGCGUCUGCGCUUACUUGAAUUCACUAAGGAAAAACUGGAACGGUCUCGUCGCGACCGAACGCUCCCCGUCCCCGUGGCCCCUACCGAAACCUAG